AGCAUGUUCUAUGUUCUGUUCCAUAUUGAACCGAAAGCGAAAGAAGAAGGAAAAGAAAGAACCAAUGAAGAAUCGAAAUGUAAGAAGAAGAAAACACUGAUGAAGAAUUUGAAGAAGAUAGAACAAACAACACCACCAACAACAACAAAAAGCAAAAGCCUGUGUUCUCUUUCUUUCUCUUUCACCUAGCUAGCUAGGGUUUCCACUUUCCUCUCUUCUUUCUCCUUUUCCUCUGUUCAAUCCCCAAACCAAGAAAAAAUCAGUAUCAUCAAUCACAGAUUGAAAAAACUGAUUUUGAUCCCUGCCCACUUCAUAUUUUUCCUCUCUUCAGCUUCCUCAGUGAUGCUUAUUUGAUUUGAUGAUAGCUUGGAGAACAUGGUUCAGUAGAGAUCAGCUGGAAUUGUAACAGAUUAGCUGAACGAUGAAGAUCGGAAAGUGUGAAAAGAUUGUUUUUUUUCAGCUGUUGAUUUCUUAGGAAACUUUUUUUUUUCUCCUUUUUUUUCUGGGUUUGUGUUGUUGGUGGAUUCAGAUCGUUGGUUUUGUUAUCAUGAGGUUGCUAACUAGGCUCUGAUCUCGAAGGCUUUCAUGUUUUCUUGUGUUUGGUGGCUGUCUCUUGCUGAGGAAACAUCAUUUGCUUCGACCCAUUUGGCACAAGAGUCUGCAAAUGCGUGCUUGCUGUUGAUAAACCAAUCUUGAAGUUGUAGUAGAGUAGAAGCCACUUGUGGUGGUUGGUGAAGUGAAGACUGUUUGGAUUGUGAGUUUGUUACUAGUUAGCAAUGUCCUGCAAGGAUGGUAAAGGUGGAUUUGAUAAUGGAAAGUAUGUUCGUUACACACCUGAGCAGGUUGAAGCUCUUGAGAGGCUUUAUCAUGAUUGCCCCAAACCAAGUUCCAUUCGCCGCCAGCAGCUUAUUCGUGAGUGUCCUAUCCUCUCCAACAUUGAGCCAAAACAGAUCAAAGUUUGGUUCCAGAAUAGAAGAUGUAGAGAGAAGCAGAGGAAAGAGGCCUCACGGCUGCAAACUGUGAAUAGGAAGCUGAAUGCUAUGAACAAACUGCUGAUGGAGGAGAAUGAUAGGUUGCAGAAGCAGGUGUCUCAUUUGGUGUAUGAAAAUGGCUACUUUCGUCAACAUACCCAAAAUACUACGCUUGCAACCAAAGACACGAGCUGUGAAUCAGCCGUUACUAGUGGUCAACGCAGUUUGGCAACCCAGCAUCCCCCUAGGGAUGCAAGUCCUGCAGGGCUUUUGUCCAUUGCAGAAGAAACUUUAGCAGAGUUUCUUUCGAAGGCUACUGGAACCGCUGUUGAGUGGGUCCAAAUGCCUGGAAUGAAGCCUGGUCCGGAAUCUAUUGGUAUUGUUGCAAUUUCUCAUGGUUGCUCUGGUGUAGCAGCCAGAGCAUGUGGUCUGGUGGGCCUAGAACCUACAAGGGUUGCUGAAAUCCUUAAAGAUAGGCCUUCCUGGUAUCGUGAUUGCCGAGCAGUUGAUGUUUUGAAUGUACUUCCCACAGCUAAUGGUGGAACCAUAGAGCUUCUUUAUAUGCAGCUAUAUGCGCCCACCACACUGGCACCUGCUCGGGACUUCUGGUUACUGCGCUACACAUCUGGUUUAGAAGAUGGAAGCCUUGUGAUCUGUGAGAGGUCUCUUAAAAAUACUCAAAAUGGUCCUAGCAUGCCUCCUGUGCAGCAUUUUGCCAGAGCUGAGAUGCUGCCCAGUGGGUACCUGAUCAGACCUUGUGAAGGGGGUGGUUCCAUCAUCCACAUUGUUGAUCAUAUGGAUUUGGAGCCAUGGAGUGUUCCUGAAGUACUGCGUCCACUGUAUGAGUCGUCAACAGUGCUGGCUCAAAAGACAACUAUGGUGGCCCUACGUCAUUUAAGGCAGAUCUCACAUGAAGUUUCUCAGUCUAAUGUCACUGGGUGGGGCAGACGACCCGCAGCUCUUCGAGCACUUGGCCAUAGACUGAGCCGGGGUUUCAACGAGGCACUCAAUGGAUUCACUGAUGAGGGAUGGUCAAUGAUUGGCAAUGAUGGUGUUGAUGAUGUUACAAUUCUUGUGAAUUCAUCACCAGAUAAGUUACUGGGUCUGAACCUUUCCUUUCCCAAUGGAUUUCCACCUGUCAGUAAUGCAGUCUUAUGUGCCAAAGCUUCUAUGUUAUUACAGAAUGUGCCUCCAGCCAUUCUACUAAGGUUCCUGCGGGAGCAUAGAUCAGAAUGGGCAGACAACAACAUGGAUGCCUACUCAGCUGCUGCAAUUAAAGUUGGUCCUUGCAGCUUAUCAGGAUCUCGGGUUGGAAAUUAUGGUGGUCAAGUUAUUCUUCCUCUAGCCCACACUAUCGAGCACGAGGAGUUUCUGGAAGUCAUUAAAUUGGAAGGAGUCGCUCAUUCUCCUGAAGACCCGAUGAUGCCCAGAGAAGUGUUUCUUUUGCAGCUCUGCAGUGGAAUGGAUGAGAAUGCUGUUGGCACCUGUGCUGAACUUAUAUUUGCUCCAAUUGAUGCAUCUUUUGCUGAUGAUGCCCCCCUUCUGCCUUCUGGAUUUCGCAUCAUCCCUCUUGAAUCUGGAAAGGAAGCGUCCAACCCAAAUCGUACCCUUGACCUGGCAUCUGCCCUUGACGUUGGCCCUGCUGGAACCAGAGCAUCAAAUGAUUCAUCUGGAAAUUCUGGCUGUAUGAGAUCAGUGAUGACAAUAGCAUUUGAAUUUGCUUUUGAAAGUCAUAUGCAAGAGCAUGUAGCAUCCAUGGCCCGGCAAUAUGUUCGUAGUAUCAUAUCAUCUGUCCAAAGGGUAGCACUAGCACUCUCACCAUCUCAUUUAAGUUCACAAGCUGGGCUUAGGGCACCACUGGGUACACCUGAAGCGCAAACACUUGCUCGUUGGAUCAGCAACAGUUAUAGAUGCUACUUGGGUGUUGAGCUACUUAAAUCUAACAAUGAGGGGAACGAAUCUUUGCUCAAAUCCUUAUGGCAUCAUUCAGAUGCAAUCUUGUGCUGCACUCUAAAGGCAUUGCCAGUGUUCACUUUCGCCAACCAGGCAGGGCUUGAUAUGCUGGAGACUACUUUAGUUGCUCUUCAAGAUAUAACAUUGGAGAAAAUAUUUGAUGAUCAGGGCCGCAAGAUUCUGUGCUCAGAGUUUCCUCAAAUUAUUCAACAGGGGUUUGCAUGCCUUCAAGGUGGUCUUUGUCUCUCAAGCAUGGGGAGACCUAUCUCAUAUGAAAGAGUGGUGGCUUGGAAGGUGCUGAAUGAAGAAGAGAAUGCUCAUUAUUUGUUUUAUGUUUGUGAACUGGUCUUUUGUUUGACAUGUGAACUAGAGAAUAGGAGCUGAAGUAUUAAAGAUGAAGCACUCUUUUAAGACAUGUUUUGUUGCUUUGUGUUUUCAUAUGUAUUUGCUGCUAAGACUUGGGUUGCAUGUAAAGACUAAAUGUACUACUAGCCUAUGUUUACAUAUUUCAGUAUUCAGCCCUCUUUA